AUGAAGUCCGUUCUCGCCGCCUCCCUGGGUCUCGCGACCCUGGCUUCCGCCAACAACGUCUACCCCCAGCACCCCCACUUCAACUACCGCCGACAAAACGGCACCGCGAGCGCCGGUGAGCAGCUCACCACCCUGACCGUCCAGUCGACCUCCAUCCGCACCAUCAUCAGCUGUGCCCCGACGGUCACCAACUGCCCGGCCAACUCCGCCUCCCUGACCCAGCUGGCCUCCACCGCCCCCGAGCAGGUGUCCACCGUCCUGGUCACCGACGUGGUCCAGCUCGCCACCACCAUCUGCCCCGUCACCGCCGCCGAGGGCAUCUCCUCCAGCGUCAUCUCCGUCGCUGCUACCGGUGGCAUCACCGGAACCACCAUCACCGGAACCACCCCCGGUGCCACCGGUGGUGUCGCUGUUCCCACCCCAGCCCCGUCCGGCGGCUUCUCCAACGGAACCGUGCCCACACCUCCCGUCACCGCUCUCUCCCCCGAGGCUUCCAACCCCCCUGCGGGUGAGGAGGGUGGUGAUGAUGAGGAUGAGUGCGAGCCCGACGUCACCACUCAGGUUUCCACCUCGGUGGCUACCCUGACCUCCGGCAUCCCAGUCACCGUCACCCUCACCAACGGCGGUGGCAACGGCAACGGAGGCGGUGUUGAGGUCAGCACCUCCACCUCUUUCACCACCUUCGUCACCGCCAUCCCUGUGACCAAGACCGUCGUCAACACCGAGUCUUCUCCCGAGUCGACCGGCGAGUCUUCCCCCGUUGAGGGUGGAUCUGGCGGCGAGGGCAGCGGCGAGGGCACCACCAUCUCUGGCACCACCACCACCACUGCUUACACCACCGGCACCAAGACCGCCACUCUCACGAGCAAGGUCACCAAGCCCACCGGCGACAGCUCCCCCGUCGACACCAACUCGAACUCCAGCGGCUCUGGCUCUGGCUCCGGCUCCGACGCUGAGGGCUCUUGCGUGCCUGAGACUGUCACCGUCACCAAGGAGGGCCCCACCGUCUACGUGACCGUCGGCCAGGCCUCCCCCACCGGCGCCUCCAGCGUUCCUCUGGCCGCCAACGCCGCUGUCCCCACUGCUGCUUCCGCUUCUGCCCCUGAGUCCACGGGUCCUGCCUCCUCUGGCGACGACUCCGCUGAGGAUGACGACACCUGCGAGGACGACGGCGAGGACGAGACCUCCCCCGUCGACGGCGAGGACGACACCUGCGAUGAGGAGCCCGAGGAGACCGUCACCGCCACCGUCGUGCCCGUGCCCACCGGCUCCAACGGAACCGGCUCUGCCUACCCCACCGGCGCCGCCCUCAAGAACCGCUUCGCCAAGAUGUACUAA